GCAGCAGGACCUGUUCCGGGUGCUGAAGGCAUACACCCUGUACCGCCCCGAGGAGGGCUACUGCCAGGCCCAGGCCCCCGUUGCCGCCGUCCUGCUCAUGCACAUGCCGGCCGAGCAAGCAUUCUGGUGCCUGGUGCAGAUCUGCGAGAAGUAUCUCCCCGGCUACUACAGCGAGAAGCUGGAGGCCAUUCAGCUGGAUGGGCAGAUCCUCUUCUCGCUGCUGCACAAGGUCUCUCCUGUGGCCUACAAGCACCUGAGCAAGCAGAAGAUCGAUCCCAUCCUCUACAUGACGGAGUGGUUCAUGUGCGCCUUCUCCCGCACGCUGCCCUGGAGCUCUGUCCUGCGUGUCUGGGACAUGUUCUUCUGUGAAGGGGUGAAAAUCAUCUUCCGGGUGGGCCUCGUGCUGCUCAAACACACGCUGGGCUCCUCGGACAAGCUCAAGUCCUGCCAAGGCCAGUAUGAGACCAUGGAGAGGCUGAGGGCCCUCAGCCCCAAGAUCAUGCAGGAGACCUUCCUGGUGCAGGAG